AUGACCGAUAACGCGGGCGCCAACACGAGUGCGAGGAGAACUAAGGAGGAGUUUGAGUCGGCGAAGUCGAAACUGGUGGACCAGAAGUUCACCAUGAAGCAUUACCCCGACCCGCUGGUGCCGCGGGCCAAGGACACGUCCAAACCCCAAGGAGUAACGCCCGACAUGGAGCAAAGGUGGCUCAAGAUGAUAAACGACUCCAAGCAGUGA